AUGUUUGUUCUAUUGUUAGCUCAGAUUCGAUCAGUAUCGAUUUCAACUGGAACAAAUACUGUUUCGCUUUAUAGUCAGCAGACAUACGAAAUGUCAAUUUCCGCAAAUACAUUUGUAAUUUUCAAUGGUAAAUAUAGUUCCGAUUUGAAAGGCUAUGCAACAUGUGGUUAUCAAUCAUUGGCCAUAUUAGGAUCUACAUUUGUUGUUGCUGUUUCAUUUUUAGAAUCAGGAACAAUUACUGUUACAAAUACAUUGUAUUCCUCUCAAACAUUUAGGUAUUGCGCGUUCACUAAUCGUACUUCUCUAUGCCAUGAAAUUAUCGUACCUGUAGGCCGCGACGUAACAUUCAAGGUUCAAAGUGGAAAACAAUAUUGCGUAUAUGUUCCACUUAUUUCCGGGUCUGUUAAUAUUCCAACAGCCGUCUCUAGUAUCGGCUCUUACAAUGCCGAUGGUUAUGCGGACGAAUACCAAACUACGUAUUACGAUAGUCAUUAUUUCACUGUUAUUGAAUACAGUGAUGCCAAUGUUGGUUUUGAAAUUAGUGAUACCAGUGAUACAUUAAAUUACUACAUGUCGAACGAAAACAAUUACUAUUAUGCUUACAAAAUUAGCUCUUCUUCAACCACCCUAAUCAACACCAAAUCCUCUUCAAGAGAUUAUUCUUAUAAUACCCCAAGUCCAUCAGAUUAUCAUAUCAUUAAAUCUUCAAGCAGCUUCCCGUUCUGGGUUCUUGGUCCUAUCUUUUCACUUAUUGUUUUUGUUGUUAUUGUUGUCGUUUGCUGCGUCUGCUCCUAUAAGAUAUGCAAUAAGGCUGUCAAAUCGAAAUCUUCGUCUUCUUCAUCAUCCAAAUCUAAAAAGCGUAAGAACCAUAAGGAAACAAAUAGCGUUACUGUUGUUACCACAACCACUCAACAACCUCAACAGCCACAGGCAGCUCCUCAGCAGCCAUACAAUCAGAAUAUGCAACCAAUGUACUACCAACCGGGAUAUCCAACAGGCCCUACACCAUACUAUCCUCCACAAUAUCCAUCUGGUGAACCGAACCCUUAUUCUGCAGAUAUACAACCAAACGGACAGCCAGCUCCUUAUCCAAAUGCUUAUCCUAAUCCUUACUAUCCAGCACCACCUCAGAACACAUAA